CGGUUCUAAUCUUUGGUAGUAACUCUGGAGUGUUUCGAACUCGCUGCUCCGGAGCAAGUGUUAGGUUAUCGAACGCAGUCCUGUUCAUUUGACAAAUCGUCGUUUUUGAGGUUAUUUUUUUCUAUUCAAAAAUUUCAAUUUUUUCAAAAAUUUUCUCCUUUCCCUAUAAAAAUUCUCGUGUUAUAAUAAAUGAAAUAACAGUAAUACAAUGGACCCAUACCCAUAUCUUCGUUUACUAAGCACCGGCAGAUCUCUAAACUGUAACCUACUUACCCGUAAAAUCAGUAAAUACAUACACAAAGAUAUUUCUUCAAAAGCUAUCAGGCGGGUUUUCCUGGAUUUUUUUGUAAAGGACCAUGAACAUACUUUUGUACGGUCGAGCCCUGUAGUCCCCUUUUGUGACCCGACAGUGCCAUUCGUUAAUGCAGGAAUGAACCAGUUCAAAAGUAUCUUUUUGGGAACCCAAUCACCGCAUUUUACAAGAGUCUCGAACAGCCAAAAAUGCAUCAGAGUUGGAGGCAAGCACAAUGACCUAAACAUAGUGGGACAAGACGGCUAUCAUCAUACGUUUUUUGAAAUGUUAGGCAACUGGUCAUUUGGGGAUUAUUUUAAAGAAGAUGCCUGUAAAAUGGCCUGGAAAUUGUUGACACAAGUUUAUAAAAUUCCUCCUUCUAGAUUGUAUGUCACAUAUUUCGGAGGAGAUGAAAAAAUGAGGCUUAAAAGUGAUAUGGAAACUUUUGAUAUUUGGAGAACUAUUGGAGUAAAAGAAAACAGAAUACUGCCAUUUACAGCUAAAGAUAAUUUUUGGGAAAUGGGCAUUACAGGUCCAUGUGGACCAUGUACAGAGAUCCAUUUUGAUCAUUUAGGAACUGUUAGUCGUUCUAAUUUUGUCAAUAAGAACUUGCACGAUUUAACAGAAAUAUGGAAUUUAGUGUUCAUUCAAUAUAAUAGAUUACCAGAUGGUUCUAUAAUCUCACUUCCCAAAAAACAUGUUGAUACUGGCCUGGGUUUGGAAAGAUUGUGUUGUGCUUUACAAGGAAAAUCAAGCACAUAUGAUACAGAUUUGUUUGAUUAUCUUAUAAAUGCCAUAGAAAAGAAUUGUAGUAGUAUUCCAAAAUAUGCUGGAAAAUUUGGCGAAAACGAUUGGAACAAUGUGGAUACAUCUUACAGGGUUUUGGCUGAUCAUUUAAGAAUGCUUACUGUGUGUUUAGCUGACGGGAUUAUACCAGAGCAAAAUCAAAAACUUAGAAGAAUUAUAAGAAAAUGCUUUUUGUUGAGUGAAACUGUAUUUGGGAAAGAAAAGGGUUUAGUUAAAGAGCUUUCCAAUUAUGUUGUUGAGAAUCUUGGAGAUACUUAUCCUGAAAUGGAAAAAAAUGCUUAUCAGGUUCAUCAAAUAUUAGAUUAUGAAGAAGAAAUCUACAAUUCAAUAAGAUUGGCAGCCAAAAAAGACUGGCAAAAAUUGGCCAGUUCGGAGAAAAAUCUUCCCAAUAUUGAUCACUUAGAUAUAACGCCAAGCUUUAUAAAGGCUUUUCGUGAAUUAAAUGCUUUAAAGCCUCUUGAAAUUGAUGGUGAUUUGGCUCAUAGGCUUUACGAUACUCAUGGUUUUGAUUCGGAAGGAAUAGAACAGCUUGCUCAGGUUUUAAAUAUAAAAUUUAGUCCCAGUACUUUCACAGAAAAAAUGGAAGAAAUUAAGUUAAAGUCGAAAAGUGGCAGGCAAAUUUCGAUGAAUCCUAUAGUAAAUGAUUUAGCAAAUAAUUUGGAAAAGACUGACGAUUUUGAGAAAUAUGCUUAUAAUACCAAUUAUGAAUUUUCAGAAAUAGAAGCAAAAGUAUUACAAAUAAUUGAAAAAGACAAUCUAGUAAAUAAAAUAAAAAAUGGCACAUCUUGUUCUUUAUUACUUGAUAAAACUAAUUUAUAUUGUGAAGCCGGAGGCCAAGAAGCUGAUAGAGGCAAAAUAAAAUUUCAAAAUUCCGUUUUCAAUAUAGAAUUGGUUAAAAACAUAAAUGGACUUAUUUUCCAUAAAGGCUUCUUCAAAGGGGAUAGCCUUGAAGUAGGUUCAACAGGCACUGUAUCAAUUGACAGAGAUUUCAGACUAGGCAAUAUGCGAAAUCACACUAGCGCACAUCUUUUAAAUGCAGCCAUAAAACAAAUUAAAACCGCAACUUGCCAGAAAUCUAGUAAAGUUACACACCAGUAUGUUAAUUUGGAUGUUUCUGUAUUCGGACCGAAAUUGAAUUUUGAGGAUAUUGUUAAAGUUGAAGAGAUUAUUAGUAAAGUUAUAAACGAUAAAUUGGAAGUAAGGGUUAGUACAACAGAUAGUCAAGGAUUGUAUAGUUUUGAUCAAAUCACACUGAUUCCUGGAGAAGUGUAUCCGGAAAAUGAAAUUAGGGUUAUUGAAAUUGCAGAUGGAUCUGAAUUUGUUUCUAGGGAACCAUGUUGUGGUACUCACGUACAUAACACUGCAGAUCUUGAAGAUUUUUGUGUAGUGAGCCUUAAAUCACUAGGAAGAAGUACGACAUCUUUGCAUGGUGUUAGUGGAGAUAGAGCUAAACUUGCUAGAAAAAAUGCUGAAGAAUUAGCAGAAGAUAUUGAGGUUUUUAAGAAGUCUGUUGCAGAGCAUUUAGAUACACCAGAUAUGUUAGAAAUGGGCAUUUUAUCUUUAAAGAAAAGACUAAAUUUUGAUAUCAAUGAAAGUUCUAUAUUGCCAUAUGUCUAUAAAACACAAACUUUAAAAGAACUGAAUAAUAUUGGCAAGCAAAUUAAGGACAAAGGCAAUGACGAUUUGAAGAACUUUAUUUGUAUGGAAAUGCAAGACGCCCUAAAAAGCAAUAUAGAAAAAACAAAUUCAAAUACAAAAUAUUUGGUACAUUAUCUAAGAAGUUCCAUGAUGCUUGAAUCAGUACCAUUGCAUGCUGCUACAGCAAUGUGUUCCGAAAUGCCGGUUAUCAUAAUAGCUUAUUCAGAUGAUAUGGUUAAAGCAAGGUGUUGUGUUCCUAAGGAUCUCCAAUCAGAUGAUUUCAAUGCCGAAAAUUGGUUAAAAGAAACUGUUGCUCCAAUUUUCAAGAGUCGAACGACACCGCAAAAGUUGCAAGAUGGCGUGUUUGUUAGUAACAUGAAACCGCAGAAGGUUCACGUGCAAGACUGGCACCAUUUGUUGGCUGAAAGUAUAGAAAGUGCCAAAAAAUAUAUUAAUGAAAAGAUUUAAUUUUGUUACACAAUUAUUCUAGUUUGUUUUAAUUUAACUGAUUAAAUUGUAUAUUUUGUUUAUCAA